GGGCGCGGGACGCGCGAGACGGCGCGCGGGGGGGGGACGGACGCGGACGGGCGCGCGCCGGUCGUCGCGGGUGGACGAUGGGAGCUGAGGGAGAAGCUGGGGAGGGGGUCGUUCGCGACGGUGUGGCGAGCGACGUGCGCGAAGACCGGUGCGGUGGUCGCGGUGAAGGAGAUCGAUUGCGAGCGUCUGAGUCGCAAGCUCAAGGAGAGCUUACGGCUCGAGGUGGAGGUCAUGCGAAGGAUGCGGGAGGAGAACAUCCUGCGAUUCAUCGACAUGGCGAACGAGGGGGAGACGGUGUACAUCGUGUUGGAGUACUGCGCGGGGGGCGAUCUGAGCCAGUUCAUCCGACGGAACGGGAGAAUGAAUGAGACCUCGGCGAGACGUUUCAUGCUGCAACUGGCGAGGGGACUCAAGGCGAUGCGCAAGGCGCAGCUCGUCCAUCGAGACCUGAAGCCGCAAAAUUUGUUGCUGACGUCGAACGAUUUGAACGCGGAAUUAAAGAUUGCUGAUUUCGGGUUCGCGCGGUACAUUCGAGACAGCGAGGGAAUGGCAGAUACCGUGUGCGGGAGCCCGCUGUACAUGGCACCUGAAGUUUUGAAUUAUCAAAAGUACGACGCCAAGGCAGACUUGUGGAGCGUGGGCGCGAUCUUGUUCGAGAUGCUCGUUGGCACAGUGCCUUUUACGGGACAGAAUCAGGUCCAACUCCUGCGAAACAUCCAGAAGACGGAGUUCAAGAUUCCGAUUCACAUCGCGGAGGACUUAUCUCCCGCGUGCAUCGAUCUCUUGCGCGGCUUGCUCCAUCGCAACGCUAAUGAUCGAAUUUCGUUCGAGGACUUUUUCAAUCAUCCGUUCUUGAAGAGUGGAGACACCGUCGGCGUUGGUAUUCCAUCCAAGUCUGGUGCCACAAAAUCUCAAGCUCAGGAGUCAGACGGAGCGAGCAGUGCCGACAGCGAGACAAUGCCGUUCAACAUGGACGUCGAGAGCAAUAGUCCAUCGCCGACGUCGACGACGCGAGUCAAUGGGCAGCCGCAAGAACGAACUAUCAGUCAACCGGUACCGAUGUUGAGUAGACAGUCAAGCGCUUCAGGGAAGAUGAGCAUCGCCUCGGAUUAUGUCCUGGUUUCAUCUCCGGGUACGAGCAUUCCGAGAUCGAUGCGACCUCCCUCGCUCGGUUCCUCGCCGCUGUCUCGUAUGUCGUUGAGUCCAAACGAUGGGUCGCCGGGUACGUUUGGUGGUCGUGCGAGAAUGUCUAGAGGGACGUCGCCUUCCAGUCAACCGAUGACACUCGCAACGCGAUAUCAAACGCAGUCGCAAAUGCUCGUUACUCAACUCGGAGUUCGAGUGGGUGUGCUCGAAAAGGCAGCUGUCGUACUGCGUGACACCUCCACGGAGCACUGGAACGUGGGAAACAAGCUCGCAGCACUUUCAUUGGGCUUAGUGUCCCUGGCGGCGCUGCGCUCAGCGCACAGACUCGCGUCCGAGAUCGUCACCACUGAGCAAAAAUCCUCCGUCAAUCUGAGCGGCACGAGCGCGAGCGCAUCCUCUGGGAAUAGUUCGCCCACAGGAGGAAAUUCGAUGGCCAUGAGCGCCAAAAAAGCUACCGUUAGAAUCAAGGAAGCGUAUCAAGCGGCGCACACUCGCGCCGAGAAAGCCGCAGACGCUUGUCGCGCAGCUGGUUUUGACAUGGAAGCUCAGCUCCCCGAUGGAAUGGAGUUGGUGUACGAGAACGUAUGCAAACUCGCAAAAGACGGCGUCCGGGAGGAACUCGCGGAGAACAAGCAGGUCGCGCUCGACAUUUACGGGCGUGCGCAAACCCUGCUUCAAUUUCUCAUUGGCGAAGGACCCAGUCUACACAUCACUCCGCCCCUUGUGAUUGACGGCACCACCCACGCUCGGCUCUCGAGCCUCUCAGCCACGGUGGCGAGCAGACAACAGUCUCUCGUCCGUCUCAUGCGCGGGGUGCGGUGA